ACAAGAGAGUUAUAGUUAACAGUUAUAGAAUGUUGGAACCAAAAACAAAAUCAAAUUUUGUUGAAUGAAUUACAGUUCUAAGCUUUCAGCCAUGGCAAGAAGACAUGUGAGAGCUUCUCUCUUCUUCCUCCUCAUCCUCUCGCUUACAUCUUUUGGAGUGAUCGUUCCAGUAUUUGCUCCGCUCCCUUCACUGCACUCUUCCUCCCACCACCUCUCCCGCCAUCACCAUGCUCGUUCUAAAUUCAACAAGGUUAAUACUAGAAAGUUUGAGAUUGAUGAUGACAUGUUUUGGAAAGAUGGUAAGCCAUUCCAGAUUAUUGGUGGCGACUUGCAUUACUUUCGAGUUCUUCCCGAGUACUGGGAAGACAGGCUGCUUAGAGCAAAGGCAUUGGGUUUAAACACGAUCCAAACUUACAUCCCCUGGAAUCUGCAUGAGCCAAAGCCUGGAAAUUUCACAUUUACUGGGAUUGCAGACAUAGUAUCGUUUCUCCAACUCUGUAAGAAGCUAGAUUUUCUAGUUUUGCUCCGGGCAGGGCCUUAUAUAUGUGCAGAGUGGGAUUUAGGGGGUUUUCCUGCUUGGUUGCUUACCAAAAAUCCUGUUCCUAGACUAAGAUCCUCAGAUCCUGGUUACCUCCAAUGGGUUGAAAGAUGGUGGUGGAUUAUUCUUCCAAAGAUAGCUCCCCUUCUUUACAACAAUGGAGGUCCUAUUAUAAUGGUCCAGAUUGAAAAUGAAUUUGGCUCAUAUGGAGAUGAUCAAGCUUACCUUCACCAUUUGGUUACGUUGGCAAGAGGCUACCUUGGGGAUGAAGUAAUUCUGUAUACUACAGAUGGAGGUACUAGGGAAACUCUUGAGAAAGGAACCAUUCGUGGGGAUGCUGUCUUUUCGGCUGUUGACUUUUCAACUGGUGAAAGGCCUUGGCCUAUUUUUAAUUUACAGAAGAAGUUCAAUGCCCCCGGAAAAUCUCCACCUCUUUCUGCAGAGUUCUACACAGGAUGGCUUACGCACUGGGGAGAAAAUAUUGCAACAACUGAUGCCGACUCUACAGCAGCUGCGUUGAGUGAAAUUUUGGCAGGGAAAGGAUCAGCCGUGCUUUAUAUGGCUCAUGGUGGAACAAAUUUUGGAUUUUAUAAUGGAGCGAAUACAGGUGGUGAUGUGUUGGAUUACAAGCCUGAUCUUACUUCUUAUGAUUAUGAUGCACCAAUUAAGGAAUCUGGUGACAUUGACAAUGCUAAAUAUAAAGCAAUUCGAAGGGUUAUACAGCACUACAGUGGAGCAUUACUUCCUUCGGUUCCUUCUAAUAUUGAAAAGAUAGGUUAUGGACCGAUUCACUUGCAGAAAAGUGCAUUCUUGUUUGAUAUGAUUCAUAUGAUAGAUCCACUUGAUGUGGCUACAUCUGAAGAACCACUGCCAAUGGAAUCUGUUGAUCAGAGUUUUGGAUUUCUGUUAUAUGCAACUGAAUAUGCGGCCAAGGAUAAUGGAGAUGGACACAUUUUAUUUAUACCAGAGAUUCAUGAUCGAGCACAAGUGUUCUUCUCUUGCUCUUCUAAAAACAAUGGUGCAAGGCCAACUCCUGCCGGAAUUAUUGAAAGAUGGUCAAACCGACGACUUAACCUGCCAAAUACGAGAUGCGAUGCAAAUACCUUAUAUAUUUUGGUUGAGAAUAUGGGUCGCAUAAACUAUGGACGCUACUUGUUUGACAGGAAGGGCAUCUUAUCAUCUGUUUACUUGGACGACCGAAUUCUAUAUGGAUGGAAAAUGUUCUCAAUUCCUUUCAACAACCUGAAUGAGAUUCCGAGAUUCAAUUCUUUCUCUCGGAUUGCACAUUCUGUACUCCACAAAACCAUAGCACGCAGAGAGUUAGAAGUCAAGUCCGGUUUCACUUUUGAUCCCUGAGGUCUGGACUUGGAAGCUAUUUUAUCCUGAGUUUAUAAAACCAUCAUUUUUGGUCCGGGGGAUUUAAAUUUAGUGUCAACUCGGUCUUUGAAAUUUUAAAAGUUACAUGUUUGGUCAUCGAAGUUUGAAUUUAGUUUCUAAUUGGUCCCUAAAGAUUGGUGUUAGUUUCUAACUAGUCUCUAAGUUAAGUUGACCGUUAGUUGAUCAAUGACAUUCUUCAUUCUAUUUUACCUAAGUGGAAAAGUCUAGUCGACAUGUGUUAACAAUCACAUUAGGUCAACUCAAUUUAGGGACCUAUUCGAAACCAAACUCCUCGAGAACUAAUUUAAAACUAAAUUCAGAUUUCAGGCAUCAAGUAUGUCACUUUCAAAACUUAGGACAAAAUAAAAAUUGAAUUUAAUUCUCAGGGACCAAAAGUGAUGGUUUUUAAGCUCCCAAGGGGACGGCGCUGUUAGCAAGGACUUGGGAUCUCUUGGUCAUACCGGUUUAGAGGUCUCAAGUUUGAACAUUCGGGUGAACUUAAUACCAAAAACUCUUGAUGUCUUCUGGGUUCGAGCCUUGAGGCGGGUUUGAGUGCCUCCGGGUAUAGGGGAGUAAAGCUCUGACUCCCGGUUAUCAGAAAAAAAGAAAGAAAAAGUAAUGGUUUUUAAACUUAGGGACUAAAUAGAAACCAAAUCCAAAUCUCAAGACCAAAAAUGUAUUUUACCCUAUAUAUAAUUUACGUUUAUUUGUUAUUCUUCUCCAGGUAACUUCUCGAGCGAACCAACACUCUACACUGGUUAUUUUUAUGUAGACAAAGUGAACCUCAGAAAAGAUACAUUCCUAUCCU